GGGGCUGAGGCCGACGCCGUGAGUCGGGCUCGGAGCUUCCCGCUGCCCCCCUUCCCCUUACACGCCGACGCGGCCGAGGGAGCGCUAGGCUGCGGCUGCGCGGGGCCGCUCUCCGUGCUGCCGUAUCGUCAGCGUGUGUCCUUGUCCUCCUCGGUACCUCAGAACUGAGUUAUCAAUAUAGUAACCACACAGGAUGAAAAGAAGAGAAGUGCCCAUUUUUCAGAUGCCCAAGUUUCUUCUGUGAGACAGUGCUUUGCUGUGAAAAAUGAAAGAAUCUUUCUAGACACUGUUAAAGUAGCUGAUGGACUUAGAAAAAUGCUUUGUUUGAGGCAAGUUUGCUUGUCUGCAUGGAGACAUUACCAAGCCCGAACUCUGAGCAACGAUCUGCUUCUGAGCCAGAUUAAUAACUGUACCCAUGAAGAUGAAGUGUUCAGCCUUGUUGGCAAGAACAAGGCCAGGCUUUCUGAAAAGCAUGUGGGAAUUGCAUUGAAUGUGUUAUGGCAGUUGCAGAAGAAGAAGCCACUUCUCUUAAGGACUUCUGACUAUGUAAGAAAUCACUCCCAGUUUCUAACUCUUUGCUUUUUAGCAGAAAACAAUGUAGAACACAUGGAUAAUGAGGCAAUAGUGGACACUCUGUAUAGUAUACUGAGGCUCAGUGUGGAAAGCCAUGAUUCCUUGGCAGGAGUGCUUGUUACAGAAGCGUGGAAAAGAUUAGAAAGCCUUAGUUUACCAGCUUUGUCCAAAUUUGCACUGUGUUUACAUAAGCAGCGCAGACAUUUUAGUCCCCUAACUGGUAAAAUAGCACAUCUUGUGGACAUGAAACUGGAUUCUGUGCAGGAUAUAAGGAUCUUGUCAGUUUUGAUGAUCAGUAUAUCUGGUGUCAUCUCACGGAGUUUUCAGGACCGAUUACUACAGAAGGUAGAACAACUACUGGGAGAAGAAGUCCACUUCAACUACGCCAAAAGAAUUGUACAGUUUCUUCAACUUAGUAAACUGAUGUAUCCUUCUUUGCUAGAAAAAUGCAACAAGAUUUUCUUAAAAAGCACCUCUCACCUUGAUUUAGACAACAUUUGUCUUAUUUUUGGACUGUAUGAGCAGCUGGGUUUUGACAAUGCAGAGUUCCGCUUGAUUGCUAAACAGCUGCUGUCUGAAUCAAUAGAUGAUUACCAUGAUCCUGAAGCCUUUGCAAAAUUAUUUUUUGUUCUUGGGCCUAUGGCUGGGUCCAAGAUAAGAGAAAGGUUGCUAACAACUGCAGCACUCAUCGCAGAAGGAUUUAGCAGUCAUCAAGCAUUAGUGAUACUGAAGACAAUGCAGAAAAUGAAAUGUAGACAUUCUCAUCUGCUUGAAAAAAUGGUUUCUGUUCUGCACAGACACUUGGAUAGCUAUCACGUAUCGCAGUUGGUAAAGUUAACACAGUGCUUGGUGUUGUUGCAUUGCCAUGAUCAGGAGUUGUUUGCCAAGCUGAAAAUGUUGUUAUUUGGUUUUCUAAGAUCUAGUGUCAUACCUGCUGAUACUGCUGCAAUAAUUCGCACACUGGCCAUGCUUCCAUCCUCUCAAGUGGAGGAGAUCAUUAUAAACAAAGCUACAGCAGUUUUACCUCAAUGCAGGCUCCAAAACCUCAGUUGCAUUGCUACAGCUCUUGUCAAAUGGAAUCAUUAUGACAAGUUGCAGUGGCAAAACACUUCUGAGCUACAUGUAAAGCUUCUGCAAAAACUAAAUGACUAUGGAUUUCAGAGACUUCAGGAAGCCAGGAACUUAAAUCUCCUGUUGGAAGAACUCACACAUGUGAAUGGAGAGUGGUUGCAGGAAGUCAUUAGUGAGGAGACUGUGGCUGCGUGUCGACGUUUGAUAGAUCAAGUAACAUGGGCAAAUAUGUUACAGUUGUCUAUUUUUCUCGUAAAAACAAACCAUCGCUGUCCUUCAUUACUUGACAGAAUAGCAUCUGUGACUGUUCAAAAUAUAAACAAGAUCCACCCACUGGAAAUGUAUUUCAUUGUCUAUCUUUUCUCUGUUCUGAACUAUGAUCCUCCUGCCAAUGAAGAGUUCUUUCAGAGUUGUAUCCAACAUCUGACUUCUAACUUGAGUUGUUUUGAAACUCAUCACUUGGUGCUGCUGGGUUACAUUUUGGCAGUGGCUGGGUAUUUUCCUCCAGCUCUCAUAAAGACAGUAUUUGAUGUUUCGUUCCUAAGCAGAUUGGAUGCUCAACUUGAAGUUCUGUCUGAUACCUUAAGGCAGAGGGUCCGCUCACGGCUUAUGAAACUGAACAGAGCAGUCUGUCUGGAAUGUCCGGAGUUUCACAUCCCUUGGUUUCAUGAGCACUAUUUCCAGCGUGUCUUGUGUAAAGGCAUUAGCCGAAUAAAUCCACUGCGACAGCAUUUUCACAGAAUGCUGGCAGAGAUCUUAGGAGGAAGCCAUUAUGCAAGAGUAUCUGUUCUCACACCGUACUACUAUGAAAUAGAUUUUGAAUGCAUUCUGGAUAAAAAUAAAAAGCCUCUUUCUUACAUGACUCAGAAUAUACUUCUGGAUGAUUUGAGUGGAAUACACUUGAGACAUGACAUCAAGGAUGAAGAGAGAAAGGCAUUGCCACAAGGGGCUCAGAGAAUUGCUUUGGAAUUUCUUGAUUCGAAAGCUUUUAGUAAAGAUUCACGCCACCUGAAAGGAGAACCUGCAGUGAAAAAACGACACCUGGAAAUACUGGGGUAUCGGGUCAUUCAGAUUCCUCACUUUGAAUGGAAUUCUAUGGUUCUGUCCACAAAACCUGAGCAGCUUGAGUAUCUGAGAAAACGUCUAUAUGAAGCUCAGUGAUACCAAAGAUUUAAUUACAAAACAGAGAGAACGUGGGUGACAAUGUCAGGGGAGGGUGUGGUGAGGAACCUCCAGCUGCUUGCUUUUUCUACCCUGUGAUACGGCAUGUACAAAAGAAGGCUUGAAUCCUCUGUAACGCCUUGACAUACCUGAAAGGUAAAGUAGCUUGAGAGGUCUGGCAGUCACCCAUUAACACUUGUGGUCCAGUUCAACUUGGAAGGGAUAACUGAGGGAUGAGGAGGAAGUACUGUUUGUGUCAGACAUAGGUACCCAUUAGUGAUCGGAUAAUUUGUGAAAAUGUUUGUAAUUAUGAGUUGGACCACUCCUUUCUAAUAGCAAUAAAACAAAAUUAAUCUGUGUAAGCUGCCUGUUCUGUAAAUGAGUGCACAAAAGAACAAAAUAAGGCAGAAAACUGAAACCAGAAAUUGAGACCAAGAAAAGUCUUCAGAGAGUCAUAAAUGCUGCCUUGGUUAUCAGUGGUGAAAUUGCUUUAUUUGUGGUGUUUUAAAACCAUCAGCCAGUUACAUUACCAGCUUCCUAUGAUCGCAUAGAACUAGGGUUUUGUCGGGAGCUAGAAGAUACUGGAAUGUAGAAGGAAAAAGUGGAAUAGCCAGGAGAACGUUAAUUGUAAAGUAAUAAACUGUAGGGUGGUUAUACUAUGGCAGAUCAGCCCAUUUUCAGAAGCAGCCAUGUUUGGCUAUAGUUCCUACUACCUCACACUGAUUGCAACUUAUGCCCCUGUUUCACAUCUACAACAUGCCUACAGAUCUUGCAUUUUUAGAGAAGCAAUAGAAAUUCUUUUUACCAUGUGCUUCGAAGCUUGGGAGAAGUAAGCAUCUACAUUUCUGAAUUGACCAUUGUGCACCUGGCUUUGUUUUUUUUUGGUUCAAAAUCUUGAUAAUAAGAGAAAAGUGUAUUUUUUAUUGACUGAAUCCAAAUGAAUGCAGUGAUGAAAAGCCAGGAAAAAUAGACAGAACUGACCAAAGCUGCAGUGUUCUCCUGAGGCAAUCCUCCUAUGUGGGAUGACUGAGAGUACUAGUAGAUGCUUGUCUGCUUAUGGUGAUGGUGCUUCUGAUCAAACUGACAAGGGAUGAAAAGGGCUCUUGUAGAACUACGAGUGCUUUGGGGAAGUGCCAUUGUAUAGAAUGAAUACACAGUGUAUAGAAGGACUGUAUGCACAUUAUAUUUUGUGUAAAAUGGAGAAGAUAAUUAUAGAAGUUAAGAUAGCCAAAGGUGACCUUCAAGUCAGAGGGCUGUUGUGUGACCCUGCUUCUGUACAGGUGGGCAUCAUCUAGCAGCCGGAGAGUGUAAAACGUGACAGUGGCUGUAGCUGAAGGGAUCAUGCAGGGAUGGUCAUGGGCUUGAGGUGGACUCUGCAGUUCAGGUACAUUCAAGUUAUGUAUGGAUAGAGUUAUGGUACUCACAAUGUGGAGAGGAUUAAAACUGACUAAAAGUGGAUUCAGAAAGUGUAUCUACACAAAAUAUAAGACACCAUCAUGUAAUAUUUUAACAGCAUUAAAAACGAAGUUUAAUCGUUACUAGUUAAAAGUUUAAACAUUAAAAUGCAUCAGUUAUUUCUUAGGUAGGUGCUUACUCAUGCAGUUGUUCUAGCAUUUUUCCAUGAAUGCUUCUUAAUGGCCUCAGAUCUCUGAGAAAACUUACCAUUAAAUAUUUGCUUUGGAAAUAAAUACAAAAGCAUAAAAAAAUGGAAAUCUUGUCAUGAGAAA